UUUAUUUCUUUUUUAUUAUUUUUUUUUCCUCAAUAGUAUGGCAAGUCAAGAGUUUAGUAACCCUUUAAGAAAAUUCAAACUUGUAUUUCUAGGCGAACAGAGCGUGGGUAAAACUUCGCUCAUCACUCGCUUUAUGUAUGAUACCUUUGAUAACACAUAUCAAGCAACAAUUGGUAUCGAUUUCUUGUCAAAAACAAUGUAUUUAGAAGACAGAACUGUUCGCCUUCAGCUUUGGGAUACGGCUGGACAAGAACGAUUUCGAAGCUUAAUCCCUAGUUAUAUUCGAGAUUCUUCAGUAGCUGUUGUUGUGUAUGAUAUUACUAGCCGUGCUUCAUUUCAGAAUACAGCUAAAUGGAUUGAAGAUGUACGCGCAGAGCGUGGAUCAGAAGUCAUUAUUGUAUUGGUAGGAAACAAGACAGAUUUGAAUGAUAAAAGAGAGGUUACACUAGAGGAAGGCGAAAAAAAAGCAAGUGAUACUGGCAUUAUGUUUAUUGAAACAAGUGCAAAAGCAGGUCAUAAUGUAAAAGCAUUGUUUAGAAGAAUUGCACAAGCAUUGCCUGGCAUGGAGGCUGAAGUAGGAGCAAAAGAACAAAUGCAAAAAGUGGAUCUUAAUACAGCAGAGAGUACAGAAUCAAGUGGUUGUGCUUGUUAAUAAAAAGAGAUUUUCG